AAUUUGGAUGAUAGCUAAAUUUCUAAUUAGUGGAAAUCCCCCCAAAAUUUCAAGUAAUCUGCAAAAGGGCUCUUGUUUUUCUGGAAUAGAAGAAUCAAGAAUGGUGAUACGGCGCUAUAAUCCCAUAGCCAUGUUAUCCUCCUCCGUCUUCACCCCAUUUCCCCGGCAGCAGUUUUACAGAUGCCCUUUUCCAAUAUUCACUCAAUCUCUGCAACCCCACAUCCUUCUUUGUACCACUCUCCCUAGACAUUUCACCUUUUCAUUCUAUUCUAACACUGCUCAAACCUCCACUGCUGAUACCCCUGAUGAACUGCAGCAUCAGCUAUCAAACUCUAAACAAUCCCCUUUGAAACCAGGUUUGUAUCUUGUGGGAACCCCAAUUGGCAAUCUUGAAGAUAUUACUCUCAGGGCUUUGCGGGUCUUGAAAUCAGCAGAUGUGAUUCUUUCAGAAGAUACAAGGCAUUCUGGAAAAUUGCUGCACUAUUACAACAUUAAAACUCCUCUUCUCAGUUAUCACAAGUUUAACGAGUCUCAAAGAGCACAAGUGGUGCUGAGGAAAUUACAAGAUGGUGAAAUUGUCGCCCUGAUCAGUGAUGCUGGCACACCAGGCAUCAGUGACCCUGGAAUGGAACUGGCUAAGCUGUGCGCGGAUAAAAAUAUACCUGUUGUUCCCAUCCCUGGGCCUUCUGCUGUGGUAACUGCUCUUUCGGCAUCUGGCUUACCUACGAAUGAAUUCUCAUUUGUUGGGUUUCUUCCAAAACAUAAUUCUUCAAGGAAGGAAAGGCUGAUACUUUCAGCAAAUGAAUCAGCCACACAAAUCUUCUUCAUUCCGCCUCACAAGCUUUCUCAAUUUCUUGAAGAGGCUGCUGCUAUAUUUGGUGAGAGUAGGCAGUGUGUCAUGGCUCGGGAGAUGACCAAAGUUCAUGAGGAGUUCUGGCGUGGCACCAUUGACAAAGCAAAAGAGGCUUUCUUGGCGCACCAACCGAAGGGUGAAAUUACUUUCUUGAUUGAAGGCAAAUCGACCAGUACAGAUGAGGGCCCAUCAGAGUCCCAGCUGGAGAACGAGUUGAGAGAGCUGAUUGCGGAGGGACAUUCUCUUUCAAUGGCAGUCAAGUUGGUAGCAAGUGGAAAGUUGAUGAAACGGAAAGCAAUAUAUUCUCUUGCAUUGAGGAAAUUCGGAGGACAACUAGAAUCAGAGGAUGACUAGACUAACUCUAUCCGUUUGAUAUUUUCUCCAACUGCUUUGAUUAGGAAAGAGGUUUUCCGCUAUCUUCCAUGUCCGUAUGAUUAGCAGAGUGCAAGUUAAGGCAAAUGGAGUUCAGCACACUAUCUAUGACUGUUUAGUAUGUGUUUGACUGAAUUUUAUACAAAUGUGGAUACCAUGGAGCUAAAAACUUUCUUGUUAUAGGAAAAUGACAUGAAAUUUGGUAAGAGAGCAACAGUAGCAAACAAUUCUUUGUUAAGCAGUCACAUAUAUCACAUCUGAUUAGUUUUUUCUUCUUAUUGUACUUGGAGCUGCAAUUUUGUAUCUGUCAACAUUUUUCGAUUAGUUUUUGUACAAAAAUCGCGCU